GCACCUUGUAUAGUUAUAGAGCGCACGAGUUUAUAAACAUACAAUGGCUAUCCUGCAGAACAAGCGACUUGUAAUUGUAGCUCUCUUCCUUCUCUGCUUCAUUUCCUCUCAAGCCACAGCGCGAAGUUUGAAAGAAAGAAUUAAUGGCAAUAUUAGAGAUCGUAAGGAGGCACAUGAUGGAGUGCUUAAGACGAAAGAAGACGAGGGUAAUGCAGAUUGUGAAGUAUUCUCAAUGGAUUACACUCCAGCCAGGAGGAAGCCCCCGAUUCACAAUUAGCAUUAAAAUAUACGCUUCCCAAAUUUAUAAUUUAUUCCCGUAUGUAUAUAUGGCUUGAUUCCUUGCUUGUUAUAUUAUUGGAGCAAAAAAGUAACUACGUAGAAUUUACCGGCGUCUGCCUUUCCAUAUGAAAAGGUUGUGCAUGUGAUAUAUUGCUUUUUCAAAAGAAAAAGGUAAAUAAAAUAAUAUUGAGUUCUGGAAAAAA